UACCUGCCACACAUCCUCCUUCUGUCUUAACUGAAUUCUACAUUAACUUCUGCCUUACAGGACAAAGUGGAAGGUGUCAGAUACAUACCAGCAAGGAUGCACAAGCAGAAUAUAAAUUUCAUGAUGGAUUAGAUUCCUUGUAAGAUGUAGAAGAGGAGCCACAGAGUGUGGAGCCCUCAGCUCAAGUCGUCUCAAUAACGCCUCCUAGAAUCAGUGGAGUAGAUUAGGAAGGGUGCAGUAUGGGACUGGAAGUCAGUUUUGGACACUUCGGGAGAGGGAGAUGAGCGGGGACUAUGUUCUUAUUAGGGUUCUUCAUGGAAGGGAAAAGCUUACUUCCAUAUAUUCCUCUCUUCUGUUGUUAAGGGGUCAUCUGCUUGAUGCUAGUUCAGCUCUCCAUGGAAAAGGGAGCUACAGGCCAAAGACUUAUCGUCCCCACAAAAUUCUCGAGGCUAGGGCUGUGGUGGACAGAGUUCCUUACCUUACUUAGCUCAUGGAGACAGUAUCCCGGAAGUUUGCUCUGAACCCCUGACUGGUUAGUUAUGCUGUCCUCAGGCCACUCCCCUCUUUGUUACGCUAGCAUGAUCUCUCUCCCUGAUCACUGUUUCAUCACUCGGUGAUGACCACCAGUGUACUUGGUCUGGUUAUCCCAAUCCAUAGCUGUGGGGUGCAAAAGUGAAGAAAUGGAAAAACUUUCAUGGAGCAGUUGUCUCAAGAGUUGGCAUAUAGUUCACAUUCUACAGGGUGCUGUUCUAUUCUCUAACGAGGAACUGGAGGAAACAGAUAACCUCCUCUACUUAAUGUACCUGAAUUCCAGUUACCAGUCCUGCCUGGGGACUCUGAUUGCCCCGCAGUGGAUUCUGACUGCUGCACAGUGCUUCUUACCAGAUCUUCAGAUUUUCUUUCAUGGUGGUUCUAAAAACAUUAAAAAAUUUUCUGGGGAAAUACUCCCCUAUGAGAAGAUCAUAAUUCACCCAAACUUCACUGCCACUUCCCCUAAAAAUGACCUUAUGCUGAUUAAGUUGUCAGUUUAUCUCUCCUUCUUCUACAACCUGGAAUUUCAAUUGCCUACUUUGGACACACAUGAAGUUAGUAGUUGCUUAAUUCCUACCUGGAUACCAAAUAAAGAAUUUAAUGGAAAUUCAGAGUUAAUCCAGCAUACUGUUAAAACUGUAAGGCAUUCUGAUGCAAACUGCGCCAAAUUGCUGAAAGAGAAAUUCCUCAAAGGCACGUUCUGUGCGGGAUUUCUACUAGGAAACAAAGAAUACUGCCAGGAGUUCAAAGCUGCACCAGCUAUAUGUGGCAGCCAGUUACACGGGAUCAUGUCUUGGGAAACAGGAUGUUCUCUGAGGGGAUACAUCACUGUCUUCACUGAUGUUUACAGUUACCUUCCUUGGAUCAACAGCAUUAUUAACACAUCAUAAACCGACCCAAAGCUCCACGGACACAGUUAACUCGCAACUGAUCAAACACGAUCUAUGGAGAACACAUUGGGUAUCUGGUCCCAACCUUUGUGAGGGCCUAGGUUAACUGAAACUUCAACAGAAAUUGUGGCUAACUAU